AUGAAAACAGUUAUAGGCAACCAAACUGAAAAACAAACAAAUUUGAAAGCGAUGAAACCUUCGCCAAAUAAAUUUUUUACGUUGGUCGAUUGGACCAACUAUGCACUACAAGAGUUGAGCGAGCACAUAAAUGGAUUGAAAAUUGAGACAAGUGCUGCUUUCAGAUUUUGUAUUCAUGAAACAGACUCAGCUGAGUUCAUGAAUGCAGAAAGAAAUCUGGCCAGACCAAAUGGGAGUGAUUCGCCACACAUUUGUAAAAAAUGUGUCGAAGUAGUGAAAAACCCUGACCAUCGACAUCAAGUUGAAGUUGAACUCUUUAAUUCUGCCGAGAAGAAUGAUAGCUGCAUAUCAAAUAAUGAAACACAACAUAAUUUGAUGGAAAUCAUUACUCCUAUGCUGAUAACAGAAGAUCCAUCAAUUUUUCAAGAACAAACAAUUGCACCAUUACCCAUAACAGAAAAUCUAUCAAUUUUUCAAGAACAAACAAUUGCACCAUUAGCCAUAACAACAGAAAAUGUGCAAAUUCCACCCAUGAUUGCCUUUGAAAUUGUUAAACAGGCAACUAAAAGAGGGGAAGAUCAUUUAGUUUCCAGUGAUUGGCACAAUUUAACAGUUAAAAGCAAAACAAAAAAAGGAAAGACCACUUGGGUAUGCGCUAAGAAAACAAAUGGUUGUAAAGAUAUAGUUAUUCAACAAGACGUUAACUUUACCAUAAAAAAUGAACAUACCUGUCAAGUAAUAGCUACUGGCCUUGCUAAAAUUUGUGCAGUCUUACCAGGCUGCUAUGGAGCAACCUUUCACUUCAACACUAGAUAUUGUUAA